UCAUCAAUCAGCAACCCUAUUCAUAUUUCUUUAGCUCUCUUUCUCCUAUAUAUCAUAACUUCCUCUCUUUUGCAAAAUUAACCAUAUUCUUGAAUUUACAUCUUACAACUAGAUCUGUCCUAAAUUUCCCAUCAAACAGAACAAGAAAUUCAAUGGAUGGAAGUUGUUGCAUAGAACAAGAGAGCACAACUAGUGACUCUCCAUCAAUUGCUCCAACAUUAAUAUCAACUAGAUUGUCUCGAAUGGGAAGUGGAACUAGCAGCGUAAUAAUAGACGCAGAAUUAAAUUGCGGCAUAGAAGCAGAGUCUAUUAAAAAGUUGCCGUCUUCACGAUUUAAAGGAGUUGUCCCUCAACCAAAUGGCCGAUGGGGCGCACAAAUCUACGAAAAACAUCAAAGGAUUUGGUUAGGUACUUUCAACGAUGAAGAUGAAGCAGCCAAAGCUUACGAUGUCGCAGCGCAACGCUUCCGUGGAAAAGACGCUGUCACAAAUUUCAAGCCAUUGUUUGAUAGUGAAAAAGAGGAGAUUGAAAUUUCCUUCUUGAAUUCUCGUUCUAAGGCUGAAAUUGUUGACAUGCUUCGUAAACAUACGUAUUAUGACGAACUCGAACACAGCAAGAAAGUUUAUAGUUUUAACAAGAAUGGCAAAAGGACAUGUUGUGAAGAUGGGGUAGUGACUUCAUUUGCUGUAGAGAAAUUGAGCAAAGCUCGUGAAUUGAUGUUCGAAAAGGCGGUAACGCCAAGUGAUGUGGGAAAGCUUAAUAGGCUAGUGAUUCCAAAACAACAUGCGGAGAGAUACUUCCCUUUGGAAAAUAAUUCCAAAGGGAUGUUAUUAAAUUUGGAAGAUAUGAAUGGGAAAGUGUGGAGAUUUCGAUAUUCAUAUUGGAAUAGUAGCCAAAGUUAUGUGUUGACUAAAGGGUGGAGUCGUUUUGUGAAGGAGAAGAACUUGAAGGCUGGAUAUAUUGUCAGUUUUGGAAGAUCUAAUGGAGUUGAUAAGCAGCUUUAUAUUGACUGGAAGGCUAGAAUAUCCAGUACUACUCCUGUUUUGGAUAAAUUACAAGUUCAAGUUCAGCCAGUAAAAAUGGUGAGAUUAUUUGGAGUGAAUAUAUGCAAAGUACACGAUGUUAAUAAUAUUGUUGUUGAAAAUAACCUCAGUAGUUGUAAUGGUGGCAAAAGAAUGAGGGAGAUGGAGUCGUUGGCAUUUGAGUGUAGAAAGAAACAAAGGGUUAUUGAUGCCUUGUGAACACUUAGGAGUAGUAUUCUUCUUUUAUUUGAAACUUUUUUUUCUUUUUUUCCCUUUGUUUUUGUACUUCAAGAUGGCUUUUAGAUGUUCCAAUUGCUAACUUUCAACUGUAUAUUAGUAUUAGAGAUGUUAAAGAAUGGCUCAAAAGUAGAGCUCAACUAUGGUGAAAAGAGAGAUGAAAAGAGGAAAUGGAAAUAUAGAGAAAAAAAUUUACUUCA